ACCGCAGACGGAGAUCAGCAGCUUACAGCAGCAGGAGACAUGGCUCGCUGGUGAUGGAUCUGCAUUCAGUGAUCCAGAAUUCAGCCAUGGCCAGGCUAGCCCUCUCCAUCCUGCUCCUGGUCGGAUUCCAAAACAGGUUCUGUCUGGCCUCUUCAGAGACCCAAAAGAAGGCCACUGCCAAUGACACGGCCAACGACAACAGCACCGUGUUCACCAGGAUCCUGGACGGUCUCCUGCAGGGCUACGACUACAGGCUCCGCCCAGGACUGGGAGAAAAUGUGACAGAGAUCAAGACGAACAUUUUUGUGACCAGCUUCGGCCCCGUGUCUGACACUGAGAUGGAAUAUACCAUCGAUGUGUUCUUCCGUCAAAGCUGGAAAGAUGAGCGUCUGUGCUUCAAAGGGCCCAUGGAGAGACUGCCUCUGAACAACCUGCUGGCCAGUAAGAUCUGGACCCCGGAUACCUUCUUCCUGAACGGCAAGAAGUCCAUCGCCCAUAACAUGACGACGCCCAACAAGCUGCUGAGGCUGCAGGACGACGGCACGCUGCUUUACACCAUGAGACUGACCAUAUCAGCAGAAUGCCCCAUGCAGCUGGAGGACUUCCCCAUGGAUGCACACGCCUGCCCUCUCAAGUUUGGCAGCUAUGCUUAUCCAGUCUCAGAAGUGGUUUACACUUGGACUCAGGGAGCCGCCAAGUCUGUGGUGGUGGCCGAGGACGGCUCCAGACUCAACCAGUACCAUCUGAUUGGACAAACGGCCGGGACAGAGGAUAUAGACACCAGCAGAGGACAGUACACUGUAAUGAUGGCCCACUUCUACCUGAAGAGGAAGAUUGGAUAUUUUGUCAUCCAGACGUACAUGCCCUGUUUCAUGACCGUAAUCCUGUCUCAGGUGUCGUUUUGGCUAAACAGAGAAUCCGUUCCCGCAAGGACCGUCUUUGGCGUGACCACAGUCCUGACCAUGACCACCCUCAGCAUCAGCGCCAGGAACUCCCUUCCUAAAGUGGCCUACGCCACAGCCAUGGAUUGGUUCAUCGCCGUCUGCUAUGCCUUCGUCUUUUCCGCCCUCAUCGAGUUUGCUACCGUGAAUUAUUUCACCAAAAGGAGCUGGGCCUGGGACGGCAAGAAGGCUAUGGAAGCACAGCACCCUAAGAAACGAGACCCGAUGAUGCUGUCAAAGAAGCCAAACAACGUUUGCUCAGCAGGGGUCACCUACACCCCCAACCUCACCAAGGACGUGUCCAUCUCCACCAUCUCCAACACCACGUCAGUCCAGCUCCGCGCCUCCGAGAGCAAAAUCCUGGACCCAAAGAAAACCUACAACAGCGUCAGCAAGAUCGACAAGAUGUCCCGGAUAGUGUUCCCCGUCCUCUUUGGGACCUUCAACCUGGUCUACUGGGCCACGUACCUGAACAGAGAACCCGUGGUGAAGGGAGCGGCCGUCACGUCUACAUAAUCUCCUUUUUUAUCAGAGACGGGUCCUAAAAAAAGAGUUUAAAGAGGUCCAACUAGAACUGUUUUCUCUGAACUAGAAAAAAAAGAAACAAGCGUCAGCGCCUGAACAACUGAAACAAACCAUUCCCAGAUUCAAGCGCUCCGAACGUCUGCAACUUUCCCACCUAAAAACGAGCUUUUAACCAAGAAACUGCUGCCAAACUCUGAAGAAGAGAGCGACUGCUUUGCUUUUCUCAUCUGUCCUGCUGCAGUUUGCAUGAUGGAAGCACUGGACUGGAGGCCCAGCUCCCAGUGAGGGAGUUCUCCUCAUUGUUCCAACUUUAGCCAGGGUUUUACGUGAAAACUAAAAUAAUAAAGGCAUUAAUAAAAACGCUGAAGAUUCUUAUCAUGGAUGCUAAAUGCACUGA